AUGGCACCCCUGUGGGGUCCUGACCCUGCCAUCUUCCCCCAGCUUCCCCAGUCCCAGAUCACAGGCAUGGGCAUGUUGGGAAUACACAGGGUGGUUUCCAAACUUGAGCCUCCAACCUUCCCACACGGAGCCGCGGGAUCGGACCCAGCACGGCACUCGUCGCCCUGCAGCCCCCGGGCCUGGCAUCCGAGAAGGGAGCCUGGGUCCAGGGCACCGGCGCCGCGCGAUCACAGUGACCUCCGGCCCGGGACGAGCCGCUCUAGGCCCAUCGCCUGUCCCCACCCGAGGAACGCAGGAGGGGCAGCAGGACCCCUACAGGGAUGUUCCCGGACGGGGGCGCUGUCCGGAGGGAGCCGCUUCCCAGGGGAACAGAACCUGUCCCUGCGCCACUGGGGAACCAGACCCGCAGAACGACUGUCGCGGCGCCUGUCCCUUCCCCGUCCUAGCCCUAGGAAACCCUCACUCACGGAGCACUCAGAAAUGGCCGUUUUGAACGACAAAAGGAUGGCCGAGAAAACAGCUGCUCAAUUGUCCACUCUUGCUAAAAGGCGGCUCCAGGCGCGCCUUGCCGAGGAAGGGCGGCUGCGGGUGCGCGCUCGGAUGCCGACCGAGGCCAGAGCGGCCGCUGUCGGAAGUGCCGUGACCCCAGGGACACUGCGGCUCACCCACGAUCCCCGCACUGUGGCCACCGUUCGCCACCGGACCGCGGGGGCAGGCUGGGGGGGGAACCCCGGGACGCGGGCCGAGGCCAGAGCGGCCGCUGUCGGAAGUGCCGUGACCCCAGGGACACUGCGGCUCACCCACGAUCCCCGCACUGUGGCCACCGUUCGCCACCGGACCGCGGGGGCAGGCUGGGGGAGGACCCCGGGGACAGACAGAGGUGGCCCCGCCCGCCAGCGCGCUGGUUCCCAACCUUCUCCGCUUCGGCUUAUCUCUGCGGUGUCGGGGGCACAGCGAGGUUGGCCAGGUUUUCAGGACGCAGAGGAGAGGUGGCAGUGGAGAGGACAGGCCGCUCCCGCGCUUACCCUCUCUGGUCCCGCCGCCUCCGCCCGCCCGGGUGCGAGAUCUCACGCCGCGGGACCCGGGGCCCUGCAGGUGCAGCCCAAGGCAGUGCGCGGAUCAACAGAUGCAGACCUGUGGACCCCGGGCAUCCACAGCAGCGGGGAAGUUGCUCCAGGCUCCGGCACAGGGUCUUGGCCACUCUUUGACCUGAGGAUGACGGCCAGGCUCUGGGGUGGCCUCGGCCUGCUGCGCGUGCUGUGGUGCCUCCUUCCGCAGACAGGCUACGUGCACCCGGAUGAGUUCUUCCAGUCCCCUGAGGUCAUGGCAGAGGACGUCCUGGGCAUGCAGGCCGCACGGCCCUGGGAGUUUUACCCCAGCAGCUCCUGCCGCACAGUGGUCUUCCCGCUGCUGACCUCAGGCUCUGCCUUCUGGUUGCUCAGGCUCUGGGAGCAGUGGGGGCUGCGGCCUGGCCUGGUGAGUGGCUACACGCUGCUGGUGGGGCCCCGACUCCUCCUCACCGCCCUCUCCUUUGCCCUGGAUGGGGCUGUGUACCACCUGGCCCCACUGUGGGGGGCAGACCGCUGGAAUGCUCUGGUCCUGCUAUCUGGCUCCUAUGUCACCCUGGUCUUCUACACAAGGACCUUCUCCAAUGCCAUCGAGGGACUGCUCUUCGCGUGGCUGCUGGUGCUGGUGUCUCCCCAUGUACUGUGGAACCCCCCAUCAAAGAAGCCUGCUCCUAGCCCAUGGUGGCACAACUGGCUUCUGGGGGGCAUCGUGGCAGCUGGCUUCUUCAACCGGCCCACAUUUCUGGCCUUUGCUCUGGUGCCUCUCUUCGUCUGGGGCAUUCACAGAGCCAUAAACCCUGGCUUUAAGGCCCUGAUCCAGGAGGCCCUGGGGCUGCUCCCAGGUGCGGCCCUCACAGCAGUGGUGUUUGUAGCCUCAGACAGCUGGUACUUCUCCAGCCCCUCUGGAUCCAGGACCCUUGUCGUCACACCUGUCAACUUCUUGCACUACAACCUGGAUCCCCAAAACCUGGCAAGGCAUGGCACGCACAUGAGACUCACUCACCUGGCGGUCAAUGGCUUCCUGCUCUUUGGGGCGCUGCACGCCCAGGCCCUGCAGGCUGCAUGGCAACAGCUGCAAGGCUGCCUCCAGGCCUUCGCACAGACAGGCCUCCUGCGAGCACUGGCUGACCGAGGCCCGCUGCCCAGCCCCAGGCUGUACCUUCUGCUCCUCUACUUCACACCCCUGGCCCUGCUAUCUGCCUUUGAGCACCAGGAGGCGCGGUUCCUGAUUCCCCUUUUGGUCCCCCUCAUCCUGCUUUGUAGCCCACGGACCCAGCCUGUGCCCUGGAAGGGCACCAUUGUCCUCUUCAAUGUCCUGGGGGCCGUCUUCUUUGGCUGCCUGCAUCAAGGGGGCCUGGUGCCUGGCCUAGGGUACCUGGAGCAGGUGGUCCAUGCACCUGCGCCCCACAACGCGCCCACUCGCUACACCCUCGUCUUCACUCACACCUACAUGCCCCCCCGGCACCUGCUUCAUCUUCCAGGCCUGGGGUCACCUGUGGAGGUGGUAGACCUGGGAGGGACUGAGGACUGGGUCCUGUGCCGAGCCCUGAACGGCUUCAUCAAACAGCCAGCUUGCCAAGCGGCCAGCGGACCACGGCUCUGCCGUCUCUUUGUGGUGACCCCUGGUACCACCAGGCACACCGUGGAGAAGUGCAGCUUCCCGCUCAAGAACGAGACGCUUCUAUUUCCCCACUUGACCUUGGAGGACCCACCGGCCCUGUCCUCCCUGCUGAGCAGGGCGUGGAGGGCCCACCUCAGCCUUCACAUCAUUGAGCUGGCGGAGAAGCCUAGCGGUGUGAUGUAGCCACUUCCCAUGAUCCAGCUGUGAUGGUGCCACUCACCUUCUACAUGGGUCGCUGGGCAAGGAUGCUGGGGCAGAGCCCUUGUCCUCCUUCGUGGUCCCACUGCUGCCUCUCCUGCACACAGCUGUUGGCUGUUCUGCCUUCUAAGCAAGCUGGCACGCUUUUCCCUGAGACCAAAGAUCUGACCAAUCAUGGUCCCGAUGCCAAGGUCCCCAAAGAAUCCUGGUGUAACUGAAGGCACCUGUCUGCUCUUGCCCUAUUCCUUCCAGUCACUGUGAUUUAAAUAUAUAAUAGCAUCUAGCUGCAAAAAAAGAUGACAUGUUGCUGAUGACAUUCCUGAAUGAUCUCUCCCAAACUUCCCAGGAUGCCCAACCUCUGUCAUGACAACCCGUUGGCUUCCUAAGACCAGUCUGACAUUCCAGGUAUGCAGAAGAGAGUGAUGAGGUAGAGAACUGGUGCUGGCUAGACCAGCCCGUCUCUGACCCACGUGCAGUGUGAUCUCGGGAACACCCCCUCACUGGCCCAGCCAUCUUCUUGUUCACAGUGCAUCAUAAAUCUCGGAGGCAGCAGCUGCAGCUGCCAAUGACCACAUAAUUCCCAGAGUCCACAGCUCAUGUCCCCUGGCUCAACAGGCAUGCCCCUCACAAAGCUCUUUAAGCAC